AAGUUCUCCUUGUCCUUCCGAUAAUAGUUUAUUAAUAAUCCAUGUGCUUGACAACAAAAUUGAUAUUUCAUACUGAAUUCAUAGUUCAUAGAUGAAUUUGCUAUCUAAAAGUUAUCAUGAUUAGAUUAAGUAAAUUAGGUUAUGACUUAUGUUUGUGCUCGGUUAGAUGUAAGUAAUGAGUAAGUAACAAAUGAUAAUUUGUGUGUUAUACUGAAAUCGCGUUUGCGUGUACAAUCGCACUUGCGAUUUUCAAACUUAUUCGGUAAUCGGUAAUCGUAAUUACUAUUAAAGUCGGUAUUGGUACUCUCCACUCUCCAGUCUUCUGUCUUCUUAUACUUUGUAUUUCUCAACUAGUCAAUCUCUAGGUUAAAGUGUAAACGCUCUGGCUGUAAUCACCCAUUCAGACCAUUCGAUAGCGCAAAUUAUAAACAUUUCACGGGUUGUAUAUAAAUAGACGGGUAAACACUGAACAAUAAUUUUGUGAGCUUAAGCGUACCAUUGUAGAGUGCAGUUAGCUUACAUUACAUACUUUUUAAGCUAUGUCUGGCUACUUCCACCAUAAUUCCAAGGUUGAAAAUUUCUCCAAAAAAAUGCUGGAUUACUAUGAAGCCGGUCACAACUCAUCAGUUGAUGAUAAAGUAAAAUACUCUGACAAACGCUGUGUGACUCAAGGACCACUGAUAGAUACAGAUUUAUCAGAGUAUCCGCAGUCAUUGGAUGAACCAUCAUGUUCUUGGAAACAGGAACAAGUUAAUGACAUGAAAGCACAGACAGGUUAUAAACUUAAGCUCUGUGAUAAAAAUGUCAAGCAAACUUCUUGUAAAGAGCAAAGAGUGGACUUGCCAAAAAAGUUGAAUGAGCUAAAACUUGACAAUUUUAAAUCUCCUAUUGCCAAAAUCAAUGAAAUUAUGUUGUUAAAAAAACAAGUAAUUGAAUACAAGUUGAUUCCUAUAUUACCCCAGGUACAUAAUCCAAUUUUUGAAUGUAUUGCUAGUAGUGGUGAAAUAACUGUUCGUGGAGAAGGUUCAUCAAAAAAAAAAGCAAAGGAAAAUGCAGCUAUUGCUUUUUUGGAUAAAUUUUUUAACAAUGAUGGGAACAACACCAUAACAUCUACCACUUCAAGUAUUUCACCGGACAAACAUAGUCCAUCAAAGUAUAGCGAUGAGAACAUUAUGGAUGAAAUUUCAAAAAUAAAUCCUAUUGGUAUACUGCAGGAGUUGUGUAUGGCUCGUCAUUGGGAGUUACCUAAUUAUGAGUUACCCCGUGAUGAACACAAUGAAACACAUAAAACUUGGUAUUCCGUGAUAUGUUCUCUUAGGAACUUCAAAUCUAUUGGUGAGGGAAAAACCAAGCAAGCAGCUAAAAGAGAAGCUGCUCAAUUUAUGUAUGACCAAAUAAAAAAUAUUUCUGAACAGACGAUCUCUAAGGGUAAGAACUUUGAAUAUCAAUUGCCUGCUCAUUUUAUGCUGGAAGACACUUCGGAAAGAGACAAUUUAAAUUAUAUAGAAGUUCUGCAAUCCUUAAAGAUGUUCUUUAAUAAUUUAAAAUCAUCUCAAAAUCAAAGUUUAAACAAACUAAGGAAUACACAUUCCACAAUUGGAAUAAAAAAAAAUGCAAUUGAUAUUUUAAGUGCAAUUGGAAAAGAAGAACAAUUUAGUGUUUUAUAUACACUGUUGAAUAAAGAUCCAAGUGAUAUUGGAAUUUUAGUGCAAUUAGCUGUCACUCCUCAUUUGUUGCUUGUGGGUACUGGCAGUACCGUGCAAGAAGCUCAAGAAUUGGCUGCUUAUGUUGCUCUAUCAUACAUAAAACUUAUGUUAGAAAAGUAGAAUAACAUCAAUGCAACUCGCCUAUGGCUCAUGCAUACCUAAUACAGUUGUGUUUAAAAUGCUUAUGAUAUUAGUACAAUACUAAUUUUUAAAAUUUCCUACACAAUAUGGUCUCUUAAUUCUUACUAUAUAUAUUAAAAAUAAUCUAAACUAU